AUGACACUCAGAGAAGAAAACCCCUGCCACCUGAUUAGCAAGCUUGACUUUUAAAGGAGCGGUCUGCUUUAUACAGGCUUUGUUAUCAAACUGGAACCUGAGAUCACCAGGUUAUACAAGAGAAAAAUGGCAAACAGUAGGGGAAUCCAAAUAUUUCUCCCAGUCGCCUUUAACUUGUUAUUCCUUUUGAAGAUCAAUGUAUCUGACGACGUAACGUCCUAUGGAUCUGAUGAGGAAUAUUACUCCGAUUUGGAUGAUCAAGACAACUCAACAACGGUUGAUUACGGCAAAUUUGAGCAGCAGUGCUACAAAGGAGAUAUCCGGUCCUUCAGGGCUUGGUUCCUGCCUGUUGUCUAUGCCAUCAUCUGCUUUGUGGGGCUCCUGGGAAACCUGCUAGUGAUGCUCACCUACAUCUACUUCAAGAGGCUCAAAACCAUGACGGACGUCUACCUGCUGAAUCUGGCUGCUGCCGACAUCUUGUUCCUCCUCACCCUCCCCUUCUGGGCCAUCAGUUUCUCCCAAGGCUGGGUCUUCGGUCUGGUUGCCUGCAAGCUGGUCUACUGUAUCUACAAGGUCAGCUUCUUCAGCGGCAUGCUCCUGCUCAUGUGCAUUAGUGCCGACCGCUACUUCGCCAUCGCCUGCGCCACCUCUGCCCACCGCCACCGCUCCAAGGCUAUCUACUUCAGCAAGGUCUCCUGUGUCUCCCUCUGGAUCCUGGCCCUCAUCUUCUCCCUGCCCGAGCUGCUGUACAGCACGCUUGUGGAAAACAACGGCAACCUCACCCUCUGCAUGCCCAUUUCGGAGGACUCCAUUCACCUCAAGGUGAAGAUCCAAUCUGGGCAGAUGGUGGCUGGCUUCCUCCUCCCCUUGCUGGUGAUGUUCUUCUGCUACAUCGUCAUCAUCAAGACCCUGCUCCAGGCUCGUAGCUUCGAGAAGAACAAGGCCAUCAAGGUGGUCUUCGCCGUGGUCCUGGUCUUCAUCACCUUCCAGCUCCCGUACAACGGAGUCAUGCUGAUGCGCACCAUCGCCCUGGCCAGGGGCAACAACACAGACUGCCAGGCCGAGAAGCAGCUGGACGUGGCCGAGGACGUCACCAAGAGCCUGGCCCUGCUGCGCUGCUGUCUCAACCCCUUCCUGUACGCCUUCAUCGGGGUCAAGUUCCGCAAUGACCUCCUGAAGCUGCUCAAGGAGAUCGGCUGCAUGAGCCAGGAGCAGUUCUUCAGGUACACUUCCUGUAAACAGAAGAGGAGCUCUGUCGCCAUGGAAACAACGGAAACCUCCACCACCUUUUCCCCGUGAGGGGGUUUCAGGAAAACAAGCUGCCUCCACCUGCUCCAAACAAAUAAACUGGAUGAAAUGCAUUAAGUGUUUACACAGCAAAAUUUGUGCCUGCAAGUGACGGAUUAGAAUUUAAAAAAAAAAAAAAAUUAAUAUGGAAGUUGUUUUACCUAGAGAGGGAAACAGAGAAACAAACGGCUCUAUAACUUAGGAGAAUCAGGUUCAAACAGGAUACUCACUAGAAAGUCUUUAAUGAAAAAGAAAAGCAAAUGAUAAACUGAAAACCCACUAUAUCCAUUGCAGUCACAAUUUUAAUUACAUAUAUUUUUUUAAAAAUUUUAAAACAGUGUGUGUGAACUCUAUGGACUCUGAUAACUAACCCAGCCAAAACUUUGCAAAAAAAAUAUAUGCAUUAUAAAAUAGAUACAUAGAUAGGAAACUUUAACAUGGUACAAUUAUACAUACAUUCAUUUCUGCACAUACCCUCUGGUAACUCCAUUAGAGGUGAAACAACUUCCUGAACUUUGUCACUUUACAGCAAGAUUCUCAUCUUAUGAACCCUUGUCCUUUGUGAAAACUCACCACUCAGUCCAACUGUCUGUCUGUCCGUCCAUUUCAAUUAGGAGACAAUCUGAAGAAAUCUAUUUGGAUGUCUCGUUUUGCUCAAAUGUUCUGGUGAUCAGAUUUCAAAGGGUCUUUGACUUUUGAAACAAUGUGUUUAAUUUCAUCCAUGCAACCAAAGCGCAUGGCCACUUCAAUCAGGUGAUUGGGAUCAGUGAUGUUUAAGUCAUUUGCGAUUGGAUGAUUUACUCUUGAGUUACACUGGCAGGUCUUUGCACCCUUCUGUGUGAACUUCCGCUUGUUUACAGAGAAAGGGAAAUCAAAGACUUCAGUUCUGAGCCCUUAACCACCAAAAUUACAGAUUGUAAAACAGAUAAGCAUGCCUUCAGUUAUGUGAAUAGUUUGUUAGCAAUUUAUUAGUUUCUCUUUAUAUUUACUUUAUGUACAUCUUAAUGUCUUUUGGUUAGCUGUUUACACACAAAUGUUACACAUCUCUGCAAUAGUAUGCCAUUCAUAUUAUUAUUAUAGAAAGUAUUAAGGUGUUCGUUAACUAAUGUUAUUAAAACAUAAGAUGCUACUGUAAUAGGUUGCUAUGCAUUCUGCUUGCCAGGCAUGGGAAAAGAGCACAUGAGAAACAGACCAUUAACGCCCAUAGCAAUACCGUUUAUGGAAGGAAAAAAGUGUUACAUUCUACAAAACACAAGUAAGCUCCAAGCUGCAGGAUAAGAUCAAACAUUGUCAUUAUGCUUUGAGUUUACACAAGGCUUCUUUUUGCAUUGUGUUUCCACAUCCAGGAUGUGUUCUACACUGGAGAAUAUCGCAAGAGAUAAGCAGUUGUAAGGUGUUGCCUAUAAAGACAGGGUGAAAAAUGUAACAUUUUGGUAUAUCCUACCAAUUGUACCUACUGCUGUAUAUUUUGUACCUGUCUAAAAGUAGUAAUUGUUUGUAUUCAACCUUUCUGUUACUUUCAGGUCUAUUUUAUCCUACCCUGGUUCAGACAGUAUAUUGCAACCCCCUUAGAAUAUGAUAUAUGGGUUUUUUGCCGUUACGUCAGCCUGAUCAAGAGCACAAACAAGUUCCGAGUCAAAAUGGGAAGGAUUUAUUUACAGUUCUGCAAACUUGACGUAUAUACUUUCCCCGAGAUUGCCAAAUAAGCUUUUAUUUUAUUUGUAUUAAUUUUUUAAACAAAAGUCCACAACACAUUUCUGCUUGCACAGUAUUAUAACAUGUAUGUAAGGGAUAAUACUGCAGUUUUUCUUUUAAUGUUACAUGUUUAUUUGCUAUUUUUUUAUUAUUACUGUCUGCUCAAUAUAAACCGCUGUAAGCCUAAUUCUAAUUAAAGACAACAUUUAAAAAAAAUUAUGGUUAUUGUGGUUCCAAUGGCUUUUGUAAAAUGAGGAUACGACUUGCUGGAGUAUUUUUAUAUGUCUUCAUUUGUAUGUAAGGAGGUAAAAAGGUUGUCUGGGAGAUGUAAAUAAAUUGGGAAAGGGAUUUGAUUUCAACAAACUGAUAAUGUGACAACGGAGGUUUUGUUUUAAUUGAUGGAUCCAUUUUAAAAUAAUUGCAAAUAAUAAAUGAAGAGUUAAUCAAAUCAAUUUAACAAAUUAAUAACCAGUAAAUAAAUACAUUAUUAAAUAAAUACAAUGUCCUUGCAUUUUACAAGCCAUUUAAUGCAAAUACAGUACUUGAUAAAUGCCAUGAAGAGUUUUCUUGGUUUAAAACAUGGCAAGACUGGGAUUAGCAGUGCAACCUGUACAUUUGACAAUUAGUUUGCAGGGAAGGGUUACCUGGACAUGAGGAUGUGUAUCAAGCACUUAACUAACUUGUCACUCAGGAAAAAAAUAACUGUAAGCUGUUUUGCAUUGUUAACUUUUUUUGUAUCAAAUGUAUGCAUGUUUUCUAGAAUGUAUUUUAUAUCAUGUCAAAGUGGAUGUAUGUUGUAAACAUUUUUGUUUUAUACAUUUUGUAAAAUGGAAAAAGCAUAUUUUUUUUUUUCUUAAAGAAUUAGACCAACCAGGUACAAAAUGAUAAAAAUAUAAUCCGGAAAAGGGAUUUAAUUUUUUCUUGCAUGACGUUUUGCAAUCUGUAACUUGACAACAGAAAAGAUACAAACACUGUUAGUUAUUCAAGAUAAAAUCCUACAGGACGCAAAGUUUCUGCAAAAGUAAUGUUUUAUUUAUUUUAUGUUUUUGUUGCACAUAAAGCAUUUCCAAUUUUACUCUACAGCAAAACAAUCAAAAUAAAAACGACGACAAAACAAUAAGUCAUCUCUUUUAAAA